AUGAACCCGCUUGAGCCCAAUGUGGACAAGCACCUCCGCCUGGAGGUAUUUGAGGCAAAGUUUGACGUCAAAGACUUCGUUGGCGCGCUCUCCGAAAAGCUCAUUUCUCAGUCGAAGGCGGACCCGGGGCCGUUCGACCCGAAGCCGUUCAUUCGCACGUUUGAAGCCGCGGUGGACAAGCUGAUCGCCGUCCGCAAGGAUGUUCAGGCCAAGACGGAGCAGAUGGAGAAGAGCGUCCGGGUCGCGGAGCGGGACUACUCCAAGAAGAUGGCUGAGCUCAACCGCGGGUUCGAGGCGGUCGGGCAGUCGUUCUCCGGGAUGGAGACGAAGAUGAACGAGGUCGGGCGGACGGCCAUUCGAAUCGGAGAGCAGAUGGAGUCAGUGCACCAGCAGCGGCAGCGCGCGCAGGCGGCGUACGACCUCAUCGACUUUUACAACCAGUUCGCGCGAGACGACACGACGCGGUUGGAUGCGAUGAAGAAGGAGGGCAAGGAUGGGCGACGGAAGGUCGCGGUGCUGUUGCGGAGGCUGGCGACGGUGGCGAAGGAGGUCGAUCUGUCACAUUCGGACAAGACUCGGGAGAACAUUGAUAGGUACUGCGAGAAGUUCGAGAAGGAUAUGUUGCACCUAUUCGACCGCGCAUAUAGGAGGGGUGACCCGAAGAUGAUGCAUCAUUGCGCGCAAACACUGUUGGAUUUCAAUGGCGGAGCAUCUUGCGUGCAAGUGUACGUGAAUCAACACGACUUCUUCAUCAGCCGCGUUCGCGCAGAAGGCACUCCAAAUAUCGACCCACACAUAUGGGACACAUUGGCCGAUCCGGAUGCUGCACCGCCCACGACAGAAUCAGGCUUGCAAGACCUAUUCCAAGAGAUCCGUACGACUGUUGGGCAGGAAGCACAGAUCGUCCAAGCAGUGUUCCCAAAUCCUGCCUUCGUCAUGCAAGUCUUUUUGCAGCGUGUGUUCGCCCAAUCUAUUCAACAACAUCUUGAGCUGCUAGUUGCAAGAACUACGGACAUGCGGGAGCUUGGCUUCCUCCGGAUAUUGCAACUUGUGCAUCAGCUGACCGGCAUUCUUGUUGAGGACCUGAAGGCGUACGAAUUACCGUCCGUUAUUCCCCGGUCACCAACAGAUACAACCGAGUUCCAACGGACAUUGAAGGGCAUGUCAACGACUAACACCUCAAAUACCGCCACCGCUGCUACCAUCAGCACCAUGCUUGAGACGGCGAUGGAGGAACUCUUCAUUCCGUACACUGAGGGUCAGCGGUACCUGGAGAGGGAAAGCACAAGUUUGGGUGAGAUGUACGCCGACUACUUGGCUAAAUUCACCCGCUACCACGAGGUCACCAACAAGCAGGGGAAGUCUUCCAUGUUCGGCCGUAUGGUGGACCAGCUCAGCGCUGCAGCGGCUACAUCCCCCUCUGGCGGCAGCUCAACGUCGGCACAAGCGGCCGCUGCGCUCAUGCGCUUCGGUGGACUGAGCUCAUCGACUACCCAGGCUGCCCAGAACCCGGAAGACCCCGUCCGCGAAGAGGACGGUGUGUUGAGCGUGCUCGUAGCGGAGCGGAUGCUCAAGUGGCAUGCCGAGGCUAUCGGCCGUGCAGUCGAGCUCAGCCCCGCAAACGACGCGCCAAAGCACACGUUCGCGCUGCUCCGGGUGCUCUCCGCCGCGAUCUGCAACUCGUAUAUCGAGACCGCGCUCGAGACGCUGCAAGCCCGCCUGGACGCGCUCGACAACAAGAGCGAGCCGAGCAUGCAGCCGCUCACCGUCCUCCGUGAGGUCAACCUCAUCAGCCACCUGUGGCAGCGAUACGUGACGAUGGCCCUCCUUCCGCUCGCGAGCAGCUCCGUCACGAUCCGGCGUGAGAUGAUGGUGUUCAACAACCAGGCCGUUAGCCGGAUCGAGGGUGCCACGAACCAGGCGAUGCAAAAGCUCACGGACGGCAAGUGCGAGGCUGGCCAGUUCGAGCUGGAUUCCCGCACAGCGAUCGUGAACUGGCUGUCGGCACAGCUGGCGAAGCAGAAGCGCACGGACUUCAAGCCGAAGAACGACGACAUCUCGUUCGCGCGAGUCAACACCGAGCCGUGCAUCGCGUGCUGCGAGAUGCUCGAGAAGGUGCGGGACUUUUCGAAGGCCAGCCUGAACGGCAAGAACCUCGAGGUGUUCCUCACCGAGGUCGGCGUCGCGUUCCACAGCCUGCUCCUCGAGCACCUGAAGAAGUUCCCCGUGAGCGCCACGGGCGGGCUCAUGCUCGCCAAGGACCUCAAGUCAUACCAAGACGUCACCGACUCGUUCGCGAUCCCGUCUCUACACGAACGCUUCGAGUUCAUCCGCCAGCUCGGCAACGUCUUCCUCGUCCGGCCGGACAUCCUCAAGUCGUACAUCACCGAGGGCUACCUCGGCCGCAUCGACGCGUCCCUCCUCCGGCCGUACCUCGCGCAGCGCUCCGACUGGGGCCAGGCCGAGAAGGGCUUCAACGACGACCUCGGCGGCGACGCGGGCGCGGGGGGCGACAGCCGCGGGGGCAUGCGCGACCGGUUCGGGAUGGGCCGUCUGAGCAUGAUCAUGAAGGACCUCGAGCCGCUGCGCGAGCAGAUCUCGAUGCCGAGCAUGCCGCCGAUGCCCGCGCUCUCGAGCGGGUUCGCGUCCUCGUUUGCGAACGCGCGCCCGGCGCGGUUCAGCAGCGGGCUCGCGGGCUGCACUGAGCGCGGGGAGGUGUGCGUGGACGGAUAA